AUGGGCUCCUUAAGAUACACAUAUCUUCAACGUCGCGAUGAUUCCGACUUCACGGACGGCGGACCACCAUACUCAAUGAAUCAGCUACUGUUUAUCUUCUUCACCCUCGUGCUCAUGGCUUCGCUGUGCUCCCUGGCCCUCUUCUUGCUUCGUCGGCGACGAUUAGCCAGAGACCGAGCCGCACUAUUACCGACUCACCACCAGGCAUCGCAUCACCGCUCUCCGUCAGUCAGCCAUUUCGGUCGCCAGGACAAGAACGAGUCGAUUUUUGUGUACGAUGAAAAGAUGAACCUGAUCCACAACUCCUCAAGUCCUCCGUCCGCGGCAGUGCCGGAGAUUCACAUCACCUUUCCCGAUGAAGAGGGCAAAACUGGCCUGCAGAAAGGGCGUGUCGUCGUGGUCCAUGUCACCGAUUCAGGAAGUGUCGGCAUGGCACCGCUCCACCAAGAGAAUCUACCGCCUUAUCAGAAAGAAGACGGCGAGCGGUUUCAAUCCCUCGACCUCAACCGAAUAGGUGGGCUCAGGGAAAAGGAACCGUUGAGCCUGAGGUUCUCUUGA